CCUUGCGUACACCAGAACGACCAAAGAGCGGCAACGGCGGCGGCAAGCACGAAGUGCCCUCGCGAUGGAUUCACCGGGCGGCGAGGUGGAGGCAACGAGACUCCAGAAGUUGAUGGAGGAGAGGAACAAUCGUGUGCUUGUGGUGGAGGAGCAGAAGGAAAAUGAGGAGAAGGAGAAGACGGCGGCAAGGGAAGAAUUCUAUGCAAAAGCUAUGAAAGAGUUCCGGGAGUCGAUUGAGGGAAUGGGGGAACCCAAGGAACCCUACGAACAGUUUCGUGAUCACUGGAUGGAAUUAUGGGGCGAAGGCGGCCAUUUUGGCGACUUCGAGGACAACACUGCUAUGCCCCCCAUGCGUUUCACCUUAUGUGGCCCUCGCUCUGGCUGCACCAUGGACACGCUGCAGUUCUUUUAUGUCAAAGUUGCAAGUAUUGACGACAGUCUACAGUGGCCACUCGAUGUGUAUGGGUUCGUUGCCGUACGUGAUGUCUUAGAUCGAAAACGCAACAUGAUUUUCUGCUGCGACAGAGACAACUGCCAAACUAUCAACCAGCAGGACCCGUAUCUAGCACUCACAGGUCCUACCCGUGGUGUUGCUGUGUCAGGUGAUCCUUGCUACUUUGAGGUUAAGUUGAAACUAAAGGGCACUGCUGAAUCUGAGGAUAAAGAUUUUAGCCUUUUUGCUUCAACAUACAGACCUUGUUGCCCCAAAAGAAUGUUCACUAGCAAGCUUAGCACACUAGAGAUGUCAUUUCAGGAGCUUUUCAACUCUGUGGAGGCCACAAUCAGUGUUGAAGUUACUGAUGGGUCAUGGCCAGAUGGCUUUCGUGGUGAAUUUAGUGCCAGCACAGAUAAUCCUCCUGACAUGAAAGUCAAUUUGCUGAAGUGUGUGGAUGAAAAAUUGCCUGCUGGUGCUGAUGGCAAGAUCCAGCUCACACGUAGGGUCGUCUCUGUUGAACUUGAUGGAUUUUUGAAGGUUUCCAUCAUUGCACACUGUGUUAAUGUUAAACCUAAGAUCUGUGAAGCGAUUUUUGCACCUGAGCGUUGUGGUACAAGCUUUAAUUCUGAGAUUGAAGUUGGCUCAUGUCGCAUGAAAGUCACUGUCUGCUGGUCUCUUUUCGGUCUUGGGCCGUAACUUCAAGGCUGGUGGUGUUAAUUGAGUCUCGACGUUUUAAUUCCUUUGGUUGGUGUCUGUCACUUUUAAUAAGUGCUAUACUAUGCCAUACUAAGACAUAGUACCUUCAUUUUUGUAUUGCUAUAUGUAUGGACAAAGUUAGAUUUUAA